AUGGACCAACCUCUCCAGCCACAGCAGGGCGAGCUGAACUGGCGUCUCAGCGCCCAUCCGAUCACUCUUCUGUUCUUCCUGGGCUUCCGCACCAGUGCGCUGUUGAUGUAUCUAUUCGGUGUUUUAUUCAUCAAGAAUUUCGUCCUCGUCUUCAUCCUGACUCUCCUUCUCCUCUCCGCGGACUUUUACUAUUUGAAGAACAUCGCCGGACGUCGAUUAGUCGGUCUACGCUGGUGGAACGAAGUCAACACCGCUACAGGCGAUUCUCACUGGGUCUUUGAAUCCUCCGACCCUGCCACCCGCACCAUCUCGGCCACAGAUAAGAGGUUCUUCUGGCUCAGUCUGUACGUGACGCCUGCGCUGUGGAUUGGACUCGCCGUUUUGGCGAUUGUGAGGUUGAGCAGUGUUAUUUGGUUGAGUCUAGUGGCCAUUGCCUUGGUGCUGACGAUCACCAAUACGGUUGCGUUCUCCCGUUGCGAUCGCUUUAGCCAGGCUUCUACGUACGCUAGCCGGGCGUUUGGGGGCAACAUUGUGAAUAACCUUGCUGGAGGUCUGCUGGGCAGACUUUUCAAGUAA